CAAGUGAUUUUCACAUUUAAUCCCACCAAAAUCCUCUCCACCACUCUCUCUCUCUGUCCCUUUCUCGUUCUAGAUUCUUCAAUUCGAGCUCGAUCAGCCAUCCGUACGUGCAGCAUUUCUACUCUAGAGAGGAGGAGAAGAGCAGGAGCCGAAUAGCGACCGAACGCUCCGAUUCCUGUUAAUACAUAGCUUGUGGUUGAAAAAAUGGCGUCUGGAGCUGUUCCAGCGUCGUUCACUGGUCUGAGAAGGAGAGAUUAUUAUGGUUUAGGAUUAACAAGAAGUGCAGGUUUUGUGAAGAUUUCUGAUGUGCAGCGGGUGAAAUUUGGACGGAGGAGUGUCUCUGUGAUUAAAAACUCAAAUCCUGGUCCAGAAAUGGCUGAACUUGAGCCUGCAUCUGAAGGGAGCACUCUGUUAGUUCCUAGGCAAAAGUACUGUGAAUCCCCGCACAAAACUGUUAGAAGGAAGACUAGGACAGUAAUGGUGGGCAAUGUAGCUAUUGGGAGCGAGCAUCCAAUAAGGAUUCAAACUAUGACAACAACUGAUACAAAGGAUGUUGCUGCAACGGUUGAACAGGUGAUCAAAAUAGCCGAUAAGGGGGCAGAUAUUGUUCGGAUAACUGUACAAGGGAAGAAAGAAGCAGAUGCAUGUUAUGACAUUAAAAAUUCCCUUGUUCAGAAGAAUUACAACAUACCUCUAGUGGCUGACAUUCACUUUGCACCAUCUGUUGCUAUGAGAGUAGCCGAAUGUUUUGAAAAAAUUCGUGUCAACCCUGGAAACUUUGCUGAUAGACGGGCUCAGUUUGAGACACUGGAGUACACAGAGGAUGACUAUCAAAAAGAACUUGAGCACAUAGAACAGGUGUUUUCUCCAUUGGUCGAGAAAUGCAAGAAAUAUGGAAGGGCAAUGCGAAUUGGAACAAAUCAUGGAAGUCUUUCAGAUCGAAUAAUGAGCUACUAUGGAGAUUCUCCCAGGGGAAUGGUUGAAUCUGCUUUUGAAUUUGCUCGAAUCUGUCGGAAGUUGGACUAUCACAAUUUUGUGUUUUCAAUGAAAGCAAGCAACCCUGUUGUCAUGGUUCAGGCAUACCGUUUGCUAGUGGCUGAAAUGUAUGUUCAAGGAUGGGACUACCCAUUGCAUUUGGGAGUUACUGAAGCUGGGGAAGGUGAAGAUGGACGAAUGAAAUCUGCCAUUGGCAUUGGAACCCUUCUUCAGGAUGGCUUGGGUGAUACCAUUAGAGUCUCCCUUACAGAGCCUCCAGAAGAGGAGAUAGAUCCUUGUCGGAGGCUGGCUAACCUCGGACAAAGAGCUGCUGAAAUUCAACAAGGCGUGGCACCAUUUGAAGAGAAACACAGAAAUUACUUUGAUUUUCAACGUCGGUCUGGUCAACUGCCUCUACAGAAAGAGGGUGAAGAGGUGGACUACAGAGGCGUACUACACCGCGAUGGUUCUGUUCUUAUGUCUGUUUCCUUGGAUCAAUUGAAGAAACCUGAGCUCCUCUACAAAUCACUAGCAGCUAAGCUUGUUGUGGGCAUGCCCUUUAAGGAUCUUGCAACAGUAGAUUCUAUCUUAUUGAGAGAGCUUCCUCCAUUAGACGACAGUGAUGCUCGGCUUGCUCUUAAGAGGUUGAUAGAUGUAAGCAUGGGAGUCAUUGCUCCUUUGUCAGAGCAGUUGACUAAGCCAUUACCUCAUGCCAUUGUUCUUGCAAAUCUCAAAGAAAUAUCAACCGGUGCUCACAAGCUCUUGCCAGAAGGAACACGCCUGGUUGUUUCUCUCCGCGGAGAUGAAACUUAUGAACAGCUUGAAAUUCUAAAAUCCAUUGAUGCUAUGAUGAUUCUUCAUGAUCUCCCAUUUACAGAGCAAAAGAUCAGCAGAGUACACGCAGCUAGGAGGCUGUUAGAAUUUCUUACUGAAAAUGUUCUGAACUUCCCAGUAAUCCACCAUAUUCAGUUCCCCAGUGGCAUUCACAAGGACGAUUUGGUCAUUGGUGCCGGUAGUAAUGCCGGAGCACUAUUGGUUGAUGGGCUUGGAGACGGCGUUCUCUUAGAAGCACCGGAUCAAGACUUUGAUUUCAUUAGAAAUACUUCUUUCAAUUUGCUACAAGGCUGUAGAAUGCGCAAUACAAAGACAGAAUACGUGUCGUGCCCGUCUUGCGGAAGAACACUAUUUGACCUUCAAGAGAUAAGUGCGGAAAUAAGAGAGAAAACAUCGCACUUACCCGGUGUUUCUAUUGCUAUAAUGGGAUGUAUUGUGAAUGGACCCGGUGAGAUGGCGGAUGCUGACUUUGGUUACGUUGGUGGUUCACCAGGGAAGAUUGAUCUAUAUGUUGGAAAGACGGUCCUAAAACGAGGAAUUGAGAUGGAGCAUGCAACAGACGCCUUAAUCCAACUGAUUAAAGAUAAUGGACGAUGGGUAGAUCCUCCUCCAGCAGAAGAAUAAAUUGCAAUUCAAUACAAACAUAUAUGUAGUAACUAGUAAGUACAUUGAUUGAGCUUAAUAAUAUUUCUAAUAUAAAUUGUGAAAAUAAUUGAACAAUCUUUUUUCUU